AUCCUUAAAUAUACAUCGGAGAUUUAAAAAAUCUUCCGAGAAGAAGAUGCCCGUUGUCCUCAGUCUUUUCAAAUCCCUUUCCUUCCCCAUCAUUUCAUUCCAGAGUUCCCCUUUUUUUCACUGAUUCUCUCUCUCUUCUACUUUUUUCUCUCGUUCUUUUUUAGUUUUGGGUUACGAGAGGCCAAAAAAGAAAAACACAUACACGCUACAGUAGGGAAACAGUUUCCGUGAGAGAGAUAAACCUAAGUUUUCUCAGUCGUUUCUGUUUUUAUGUGAUUUUCGAAAUCUCCUGUUUCAUCGUAGACUGAUUUUCAAGUAUGAAUUUUAACUUGAACUUUGCCUUUUGCCUUUUCAUUUCUGUUUUAUGGUUAAACGGGUGUGUUCCUUAUAUCUGUAAGUGUUUUUGUUUUUCUUAAUGUCGGUUCAAAGCUGUUUGGAGAAUCUCAUGUCUUCUAGGAUAGCACCUUAUCAGAAAAAAAGUGGCUUCGGAUUUUGUGUAAUUCAUAUUUUAAGAAGCUUUUGGAAAAUGUUGCUUUCUUUUUGCAGCAAGUGAUUUAAGUAACAUUGAUUUCUAUUUAAUGGGAUUAGCAGUCAGAACUGCAUGAUAAAUAAAUCUACUUAAUUCAUAGGCCGUCUACAUUUGUACAAGCAGCCAAACUUAAGAGAGGGGCUCCUGCCAAGGAGAAGGAACUAACAAAAUUGAGGUCACUUUUCCUUUUUUAAGCCAUUGGUUAAUGACUUCGGUUUUCAUCGUAUUAGUUUGCAUGAAUUUGAUUCUUUGAACAAUCUUCUUGUGGUGUUUUGGGGUUAAUUCAAAAUUUUCCGAAUCAGUGAAUUAAUGGUUGAUGUGGAAAUUUGAUUAGGACAAUGUGACAACGUCAUGUUCUAAUUUUCUGGACUAUCAAGUUUUAGGUAUGUUAUGGGAAGCCUACUUUCUGUUUACUGGUAAGUUUAACAAGUAAAGAUAAAUUUAAUCUUGAGUGUUAAAUGAGGUCGAUUUCCUUUAAUCUACUGUUUAUAUAUAUUUAAGGUCAGGGAAUAUUUUUCAAUUACUUGAACACUUGGCUGUUUUCAUUUAAUCUACAGUUGAUAUAUAUAUUUAAGGCCACUUUCCUUGUACAAGUGCGGUUUGAUAAAUUUGGAAUUCUGUUUCUGUUUCAGUAAUAUCAGCAGUAUUGACACUGCUUUUCUGGUCUGUUCAGUAAUCCAUACUGAGCUUUAUGUCAUUGGAAACCCACUGCGAAUUUAACCAAUGUGUUUUUCCACUCAAGUUCAGGUCAACAGAAAAUAACAGAGCUAAGGGGUUUUACCUAUGUUUUCUAGCUGAAGUUGGCCUUUGCUCUGUGGUUCCAAAAUGGCCAAAUUUAAAAACUAACGCAAGUUUGUGAAUAAUGCAGGAAUCCAUGGUGUGAAUGGAGGGUCCAUCGAUAGUGCUGUAACAACUAGUGUAAAGCCAGAGUCCACUGACAAUGCAGUGACCCCCAAUGUCAAGCCAGAAUCACCUGGGAAGAUCUAGUGCUAAUCCAGGAUUUCAGGUGGAAAGGAAACUAGAAGUUGAUGACCCAAGUGAAGUGCUACAAAUUAUGCAGAUGCAGGCUAUUGGUUUGGGAUCGCAUCAAAGUCCGUGAAGCCUUGAAGGAUGAACACCUUCAAAAACUUAUCUCUGAUAACGAUAGCUCCCUAGAUGCAUUGAAUGAACUCGACAAAUAUAUGGGACUGGAUUUUUUUGCAUUUUCAGUGAUAAGAUUUUAUCCGCGAUCAAUCAAUGACCACAUAUCAUAAGGCCUCUGAAGUUCUUUCUUCGAAUACAUCGAUGCCAAUAUAUUUAUAUCCAAGUUUUUCUGCUAGCUCAGAUGAGAAAUCAUCCUGCCGUCUCUGAGCCUGGUCAGUCUCGAUGUUUAUGGUUUAUGACUAACCUCAGAUUUCAAGCUCUCUUCUCCUGAUAUAUCUCCGGCAAUAAAACUCCACCGUUUCAUUCCAUCUUCGUUUGUUGGGUUUCGGCUCAGAUCCCGGGGAGACAAGAUGUUUGGGAGUAUGAUUCGGUACUUUUCGACGAAACCCAAGCCGAAAAUGAAGCCAAUCGAGUUGAAAACGUCGCCAGAGCAAACGCAGACCAUAACCAGAGUCAUCUUUGACAUUCUCAAGGAGCAUGGGCCCCUCACCGUCGGUGAUACUUGGGAACGAGUCAAGGAGGUUGGAUUGAGAGGACUUACAAGCAAGAGGCACAUGAAGAUCGUGCUGAGAUGGAUGAGAGAGAGACAAAAGAUUAGGCUAAUAUGUAACCAUGUGGGGCCUCACAAACAAUUUCUGUAUACAACUUGGUUCACUAAACCAAACAUCAGCCACACAAGAGCUGUCCAUAAUUCCUCAACUUCUACAACUAGUUUUUCUGUCGAUACUUCUAGUCCAAAGUUGUCUUCAGUUAUUGUGAGUGCUUUGCAGCAGGGGUUUACUGCAAGGAUUAUUGUGCAUGUGAUAACUGUUUGAACAAGCCAGAUUAUGAGGAUAUUUUUCUUGAUAUUCGACAUCAAAUUGAAUUGUGUAACCCUCUCGCAUUUACUCCACCUAUUGUUAACCCAUCUAAUGAUUCCCCUAAUGUUACUGUAAUUAUGAAUUCUAUAAUCCUACACUUUUUUCCCUUUAAAUUUGUGUAAUUUCAUAGGUGUUUGACAAGAUGAACACACCAUCAGCCAAGCACAAAAGAGGAUGCAAAUGCAAGAGGUCAAAAUGCCUAAAAUAGUAUUGCGAGUGCUAUUGGGUAGAUGAAAUGUUGAGACAUGCAUCUGUGUCAUCAGUUGCACGCUUGUUAAGCAGUCUUUGUAGCCAUGGGAUUCAGUGCUGAAAGCUUUGAAUGGCCAUUCCGACCAUGGCCGAAUAGAAAUGAAGAAAAUUCUUCCCAAAAUCUCCUUCACACUUUCUCUGCAAAUGCGUUCAAAGUUGCUUCUUUUAUCACAACAAUACACUUUCAGGUUAGCAGAUUUGUUUCAGGUUUGGAGAUAUGGUACAACAGAUGAAAAUUUAUUAAGAAAUAUACGUUAUAGUGCUUUGGAGCAGACAAGUUGAUGUCCAGACACUAGAGGGUCAAAUGGAAACAGAAGUUAUGCUAGCGGGCAGUAUAGACAGCUCCUUCGGUUCUUCCAGUGCUCAUGUAUCAGGGUUGGGUGACCUAAACAUGCCAUACUUCAUGCAACUUGCUGUCAAGUGCGAUAAAAAUUAGGUCUCCUUUCCAGUUUUGUUGUGACAUUGGCACCUCUACAUGUCUUGCUCAUCUUUUUGUUCUGCCAAUGAUCUGUUUAACACGGAGGGGUAUCUUCUAAGGCUUCCUCUUCCAGAAUGUUGGGUGGCACUUCCGCGGCAUCAACACCUUCCGGCGUCUUACCUCCGAUCAAAGGCCAGCUUCCUUCCCAUUAUUCGAAAAUUGAAUCCUCAAAUCUAUCUCUUCUAUCCAUAGCACCCCAUUUAUUCGCCGACUCCUCUCUCUCUCUCUGUCUGUUUUGAAUUUCUUCCUCUCAUUUUUUUAGUUUUGGGUCACCAAUUGCCAAAAAAACACGGAACGACGCUACACUAGGUUUUCUUUGCCGUUUCUGGUUUUUGUGAUUUUUUGGAAUUUUCUGCUUCAUCGGUGACUGAUUUCAGAUAUAAUUAUUUAUCACUCAAAGCAAAGCAAAGGGUAAAGUAGGUGGGAUUUGAGGAUAGUGAAAAAUGUUUGGUCUGGCUUCAUCGGAGAUUGAUUUUAGCCUUUUAGGCUACAUUAGAGUAAAAGAUGACAGUGAUGGAAACUUUAAACCCAUGCACCGAAUAUAAACCAGCAGUAAAAGUAGUCAGUCAAUUACUGAAUUGGGAAGGAAAAAAUCUGAAACUGUAGUAGGCGUGUGGGGUAACGUGACAAGAAACAGAAUCAAAUGGGAGAGGAGCAAACUGUAAUUAAACAGUUCUUCAACUGCCAUUCUUUCUUCAAUCCAUAGCUUUGCAUUUUUUCGGCUGUGGGAUAUUGGGUUUGGUUUUUUGGCCUCGGUGAAGGGUUUCUAUUUUAGUGUUUGUGUGGUGACAGUCUCGUCUGGUUGUUUUAGUUUCAGUUCUGCUGGGAUGGAUUGGAUUCUGUCGUGUGGGUUUUUUGUGAAGGGUUUGAGACCUUUUUUUCAUCUGGUUCGGGAUUUUUCCCUUCCGGUUGAGAGAUUUUAUGCCCUGAUUCAGCUUAUUUUAGGCUCCUAUUAUUAUAAACCGGUUUGGGAAAAAGCCUAUACCGGGUAGGCCGGUUGAGUAAUAGUUCAGAGAUGGGAUUGGCCGGUUCAGGAAUAGUCCUUUUCUAGGUUUUACAUUUUUCGGUUUGGCUGUUUUAGUGCCCGGUUCGGGUUUAUUUUGAUGUUUGGACCGGGAUACUUGUCAUGCUUAUCCCAGACGGGGAUAUCCCGUUAUGCGGAUAUCCCGGUUCAAUGGUAUUCCAGUUUAGGGUAUCCCGGUUCAAUGGUGUUCCAGUUUAGGAUAUCCCUGUUCAAUGAUUUUCCAGUUUAGGAUGUCCCGGUUCAAUGUAUUCCAGUUUAGGAUAUCCCGGUUCGAGCUUAUCUCUGUUUUGGGAUAUCCAAGAUCGACUUAACUGGAUCAAUAAGUUCGGUCGUUGCUCACUGCUAAGAAGGCCAAUAUGUUUGAAGAGAUACAAAUGACAGUAAAUGAAACCCAAUUGUACAUUAACAUUGCUCCCCAAAUAAUAAUAUAUAUUUGUUAUAACUAAUGUAUAUUUUAUACAUUUGGUAUAAUUAAUGUAUAUUUUAUAUAUUUGUUUUAA